AUGAGGGCUGUUGGCUUGCUGCUGCUGCUGCUGCUGCUGGCUCUGUGUGGGUCAGGAGCUCAGGGGGAGCUUCAGGAGACGGCUCUAAGAGAUCCAGCUGAGGAACCGACCGAGCAGACCACAAAGCAAACCACACCUGACAUCUGGGCGGAGGUGAGGGCUCUGAGAGACAUGGUGGUGGAGCUCAAGGUGGAGCUGAAGAACAUGCAGGCUGCAGUGACGGACAGUGAGAGCCAGGUGGAUGAACUGAACCUGCAAGUGACGCUGCUGCAGAGAGAGAACUCAGUCCAAGCUGCAGAUCUGAUGUCUUUGGAAACUCGACUGACUGCCUCCGAGAGCAAAACAAGCGACCUAGAAAAAGAGAAUGCAGACCUGCAGACCAGACUGAGCAGCAGUGAGAGUGAACUUCUCAUCAGCAAGUCCAGGAUCGAGACUCUGGAGAGAGAAAAUGCAGUCCAAGCUGCAGACCUGAUGUCUUUGGAAACUCGACUGACUGCCACCGAGAGCAAAACAAGUGACCUAGAAACAGAGAAUGCAGAGAGGAAGGUGGCCUUUUACACAGCUCUGACUAAUGGAGGACAAGUUGGACCAUUCAACACAGACAUCACACUGAAAUACAACAAAGUCUUCACCAACAUCGGCAAUGCUUACAAACCAUCUACAGGUUUCUUCACAGCACCAGUCAGAGGGGUCUACUACUUCCUGUUCACCAUGUUUGGUUCCCGAACAGGUUACAUGGGUGUCAAGGUGUACAAGAACAACCAGAUGAUCAUGUGGAAUCUAGAGUAUAAAACUGGAAAUUGGAAGUAUAUGACUAACUCUGUUGUCUUGGAGCUGAUGGCAGGAGAUGAAAUCCACCUCGUUCUCCCAUCAGGCUAUUCUCUCUAUGACGAUUCAACAAACCACAGCACCUUCAGUGGCUCCCUCCUCUUCACACUGUGAGGAUUCCUUCAGGCUGCUGUGUGACUCCUUAUUGGCUACACUGUGAUUUACUGCAUGUACCAAAUAAUGAGAUUCUGCAUCUGACUUCUCUGUUGUGUCAUCACAUGAAAGCAACAUUGAAAUA